AUGGAAUCAGAAGAGCACCUACAAGAUGCGAAGGACAACGUGGACACAGUCCCGGAAGUGCAAGAUGACCGUGGCUCUUCAGACAAAGACGAGCUUGAUCUGGCUGAUCUACCAACUCGCGGCAGAGCCAAGCCCAUCUAUAAGUCUCCAGAAGAGUUUUGGGAGACUGUCAAAGUUCACAAAUAUAUUGAGACAGGAACACCACAUGCGCUGCAAGUUGUUCGUGCACCGGGACGUUCGCUGCAAGAAUUCUUAGUGGGCUACAAUGUAGCUAAAAUAAAGCAGAUGCUCAAGGCUGAAAUCCCUUUCAAAUUCAUCAUUUGUCUAAAUGACGGUUCCGUUGUUCCGGAAACCAUGAGUAUGAAGCUAUAUUUCCAGUCACUCGAGCCUCUCCCGCCGAAGAAAGAGGCGCAGCCACCGGCCACCGGGGAGAAGAAACUGACGGAACCAGCAAGCAAGCCAGCUGAUGGCGGCGCCAAUAAAGAGAAAAAAGCUGGCGAUAGUGCGGAGAAAGAGCAAACUAAGCCUGCCGAUCCUAAAGCCCACAAUACCAAGGCAAGAGAACUAACCCGAGACGGCACAUCUCGUGCCCCGAUCGGUAUCGUCUACGUGAAAGAGCUACCUGCGACACUAUCCCCAACGGAUAUCUUCAAAAAUCUGCCGUUCACCCUCCGAUUUGUACAAAAAGCGAAUGGAAAGAAUAAAUACGAGGCGUCAAUCAGCUCGUCAAGAUUUCCAAGCGAUCAGUUGCCAUCCCUCAUUUUGGGUCACCUGCGUCCACUCGUUGCUUCCAUGUCGGCACAGUCUCAGAAACAUGAGUUUUGUUUGCAGGAUGAGACACCGUUUGAGGACCGUACUCUCCUAUCCACCUAUCUUUCUCAUUCGACACUGUCGGAUAAGAAAGAUGGGAAAAUUCCUAUUUACGAUAUUUACUUCAGCUCGCCUACUCAGAGAUCCGAGUGGUCGGCAGCUUCUGAUGUUGUAAAGCCCCAGAAAAUCGACACGAAGGUUGAUCUUAGCACGGGCUUUACCAAGCUCUCAUCAUUGGAAACCAUUCAGGGUAAAGCCGGUGAUCUCAAAAACCAGGGUCUCGCAGCAAAUGAGUUAAACGAUCUUGUCAAGAUAACCGCGACGUCGGCAAAUACACUACAUGCGUCUGAGUUAGACGAGAACCAAUGGCACUCGGUCCUCCGAAAUUGCGGUUUGAUGCAUGGCUGGACGGUCGACCUGGAAAGGAACAUCGUCAAACCCGCUCCUCGUGCUGGUGGAUACAACGGUGGACCUGACCUCUGGAAACUCAUAGCGUUUAAACUCCGUGCCGGACUCAACAUGGACAGUCCUAUCUCUCUCCCGCAUCUAACCACAGGGUCAACGACUACCCCGGUAGCCCCAAAGGCCCCCGCAGCUGUGUUACCCCCGACUUCUACCCCCGGCAACACCAAGGCGGCAAGUGCAGCCAUCAAAACAGGCUCGACGACGAAGCCCACUGAGGAACAACCAUCCGCAGCGCCGAAUAAGGAGGUUGCCCAAGCGUCGACUAAAAAAGAGCUGACGCAGGAUGCGAGCCUUCUCCCUCUCGCGAUUCCAGUUGAGGCUUCCCCUCAGGUGGUCUCAGCAAAGGCAAUGACCAGCGACCUUCCCAAGAAAGCGAAUGCUCUGCCUUCCUUUGUGGUGAACGAUGAGUCCAAGAUUACCGUUUCUCUUGUUAGUCAUGAGCUUCAAGAGUCAAUGGCGCGCAACAGCUUCUCAUCUACCUCUUUUGAGGGUGAAGUAUCGGGUGGUUUCAAGGGUGUCAGUGUCGGCGUCACCGCCGGAACUAAGUCAAGCACGACAAAGGGGGAGGCCAAAUCCGAAACGAUUUAUGAGAAGAAGUUGAUUGCCGAGUUUAAGUUCCCUCGGGCGACGAUAUUCCUGCGUCCCGAAGACCUUGAGCCGACUGACGCCCUACGCAGCGCGGUGGACAAGGUGCGCAGGACCAAAAACAUCAAUGACCUCCGGGCACUACAGGCCGAGUUCGGCCAUAUCUUCUGCCAGGAGGUCAUAGUCGGAGGCAGUCUGCAGACCACUAGGGUCACCAACAGCAAGAGCACUGUCAGUGAGUCGCGGCAGAAGGAAGAGUUUAAAGCUCAUUUCGGUCUUGCCGUGUCCACUCCCUGGGGCAUUGGUGGCUCAUCCAAGGCCUCCAAGCAGACCGGCUCGGAAGAUGAAGAGGCCAUAAAAGAGACCAACGUCAAUGAUAUGUCCGCCUUCGAGGCGAAGGGAGGGCAAACCAUCUAUGCGGCUAAUCCGCCGACGUGGUGUGCAUCAGUUCUGCCGUUCAAUAACUGGCGAGUGAUCGAAAGAUCUGAGCCAUUGCUGCUAGCGACAGCUAUUAGUAGCUGCAGCGAUGUCAAGAUGGUGGAUGUCAAGCAGUGGUUCCUCUCCGCUGUUCCUCAACUAUCUCAAUACUUGGCGAUUCCUCCAUCCCGUUGCCUUGAUGUGCGAUUGAAAGUACAGUCCGACAUUCCAGGAUUGACCCAGGAGAUUGGGGACAAGGAGACCCCCAUAGAAAAGCAGCAUCACAUCUGCAAUUAUUUAGGUCAUCAGUUUGGCAAGGCCAUCCACCCAAUUCGCAUGGGACUUAAACGGAGACAGUUGAAGGUCACCGAGAUCAAACGGUCGGGCGGUACAUCCUUUGGAAUGCCGGUCACAGAUAUUACCAGGGAUUUCAAGCAGCUCGAUGUACAAAAACAAUUGGCCCUGUUCUCCCCAGCAAGAUUCCAAGCCCCGGUUCUCCUUCAAUACGAAGAGAGGCUGAAAAAAAUUGAACACCUAUCGGUCACGGACUACCAGGAGACCGCCUGGCAGAUGAUUAUACCCGAUGGCCAACAUCUCAAACACGAUAGUUUAGUCGCCCUUCGAAGCUAUCACGAGAAGAUGAAUAUUUACCUUACUGUUUUCCGCAACGAGCAGGGUGUUGUCUUACCAGCGAUGACCGAUUCCGGGGAGUUCCCUUUGUGGCGGGUGCAGACGGUCGGGGGAUCGAGCGCCCAGUAUAUCAAGGAAGGGGAUCCUAUUCGACUGUGCUGGCGGUUUUCUGAUCAGACAUGCGGCUUCCGUGACUUUUUCAACGACGUCUACGGCCGGCGUCGCUUCACCAAACCCGAAGAAAUCCACGAUAGCCUCUAUCUGCGGACUCCGUUCCCAGGCUUUCAGCGAGCGGACUCCAUAGUUCCUGUCCAAGUGCAAGUCAAGGACCCUGUAAACACCGGUGCCAUUCCCAACGGGAUUCCAGACAUGGUGACCCCGGCGCCUUCGCCCGGUAACACACCUGGGUCUACAACGGAGCAGAACGGGGCGGCCAUGGUGAUGAGCCCUUCCUCGUCUGUCAAGCCUAUCUUGACCAAGUUGAGUGUGAUCGCCGAUAAAGGGGACUACUUGAAGGAUAGUCUUACCUAUAACCUAUUUGACGUGACAUUUCGAAUCGAUAUGAUCGGAAACCGUCCCUCGGUUGAAAAGAUGGACUAUAUGACACAGAAUCUCGACCAACGCACCAGUACUAUAGUCACGACGGAGACCGGUUCUCGAUCCAUGACUUGGAGCAUUGGUGAGGGCCAGCAGGCUGCAGACAACUAUGCGGAGGCAGGGAAGCAAGUGCUUGGAGUGCUUGUGUUCGGGGCGCAUUACCAUUACCUGAGAGCGGAGUACCAGCCUUUGUCUCGCAUUUUGGCUUCUUGGUAA